CAGGCAGGCCCCGGAGCGCUUUUUCCUCCUCUUCUCCUGUUCGAGGCCCGCCUGCGGCGCUCUGCGCAGCUCGCUUGCUUCGUUUGGGUCCUCGGGAGAGGCCCAGGCAGCCAGCAGGCCUGGCGACGCUCAGGUCAUUUGGGCAAAAAUCAUGAACUGCUGAAUGCAGUAGAACAACUUGCAAGUGAAAUAUUUGGAGUGCUAGGAAGAAGACACUCAAGUGGACAUUUUAUAUCCAGCUUGAAAACUGGACAAACUCUUAUUUAUAUUUUUAUCUUGCUGAAUACUUAAAAUGAAUGGACACAGUGAUGAAGAAAGUGCAAGGAACAGUAGUGGCGAAUCAAGCCAGUCAGAUGAUGAUUCUGGUUCAGCGUCAGGUUCUGGAUCUGGUUCCAGUUCUGGAAGCAGUAGUGAUGGAAGUAGCAGCCAGUCAGGAAGCAGUGAUUCAGACUCUGGUUCAGACUCAGGCAGUCAAUCAGAAUCAGAGUCCGAUGCGUCUAAGGAAAAGAAAGUCCAAGCUAAACCUCCAAAAGUUGAUGGCGCUGAGUUUUGGAAAUCAAACCCAAGUAUUCUGGCUGUACAGAGAUCGGCAAUGCUUAGGAAACAGCAACAGCAAGCAAAAGCAGCUUCCUCAAACAGUGGCUCAGAACAGGAGACCUCAAGUAGUGAAGACUCUGCAGAUGACUCACCCAAUGAAGUUAAGAAGAAGAAACACAAAGAUGAAGAUUGGCAAAUGUCUGGGUCGGGAUCUGUUUCUGGAACUGCUUCAGAUUCUGAUUUGGAAGAAAGCAGAGAUAAAAGUAGUUGUGAGGAGAGUGAGUCUGACUAUGAGCCGAAAAACAAAGUCAAGAGCAGGAAGCCACCAAGCAGAAUAAAACAAAAAAGUGGAAAGAAAAGCGCAGGGCAGAAAAAACGGCAGCUUGAUUCAUCAGAUGAUGAUGACGACGAUGAUGAUGAUGAUUAUGAUAAAAGAGGAUCUCGCCGCCAGGCAACAGUAAAUGUGAGUUAUAAAGAAGCUGAAGAAGCAAAGACAGAUUCAGAUGACCUCUUGGAAGUUUGUGGAGAGGAUGUCCCACAACCUGAAGAAGAUGAAUUUGAAACCAUUGAAAAAUUUAUGGAUAGUCGCAUUGGACGAAAAGGAGCAACUGGUGCUACAACCACCAUCUAUGCAGUAGAAGCUGAUGGAGAUCCAAAUGCAGGAUUUGAUAUAUCAAAAGAACCUGGUGACAUUCAGUAUUUGAUUAAAUGGAAAGGCUGGUCCCACAUCCAUAAUACUUGGGAAACUGAAGAAACUUUGAAACAGCAGAAUGUCAGAGGAAUGAAGAAAUUGGACAACUAUAAGAAAAAAGAUCAGGAAACAAAACGAUGGUUAAAAAAUGCUUCUCCAGAAGAUGUGGAAUAUUACAACUGCCAGCAAGAACUCACAGAUGAUUUGCAUAAACAGUAUCAGAUAGUAGAGAGAAUAAUUGCUCAUUCCAAUCAGAAGUCAGCAGCAGGUUAUCCAGAUUAUUACUGUAAAUGGCAGGGUCUUCCUUACUCAGAGUGCAGCUGGGAAGAUGGUGCUCUCAUUGCAAAAAAGUUCCAGUCACGCAUUGAUGAAUAUUUCAGUAGAAAUCAGUCCAAGACUACCCCUUUUAAGGAUUGUAAGGUGUUAAAGCAAAGACCAAGGUUUGUGGCACUGAAGAAGCAACCAUCUUAUAUAGGAGGACAUGAAAGUUUAGAGUUAAGAGAUUAUCAGUUAAAUGGACUAAACUGGUUGGCUCACUCUUGGUGCAAGGGGAACAGUUGUAUUCUUGCAGAUGAAAUGGGCUUGGGAAAAACAAUACAAACUAUUUCCUUUCUGAAUUACUUGUUUCAUGAGCAUCAGUUGUAUGGGCCUUUCCUACUAGUAGUACCACUUUCCACUUUAACUUCUUGGCAAAGAGAAAUCCAGACAUGGGCUCCCCAGAUGAAUGCUGUAGUUUAUUUGGGAGAUAUCACUAGCAGAAAUGUGAUAAGAACGCAUGAAUGGAUGCAUUUACAGACAAAGCGAUUAAAAUUUAACAUUCUGCUGACCACUUACGAAAUUUUGUUGAAAGAUAAGUCAUUCCUUGGUGGUCUGAACUGGGCAUUUAUAGGAGUGGAUGAAGCCCAUCGAUUAAAAAAUGAUGAUUCCCUCCUGUACAAGACAUUAAUAGACUUCAAAUCUAAUCAUCGCCUUCUUAUCACUGGAACACCUUUGCAAAACUCCCUGAAAGAGCUCUGGUCCCUGCUGCACUUCAUCAUGCCAGAAAAGUUUUCUUCUUGGGAAGAUUUUGAAGAGGAACAUGGGAAAGGAAGGGAAUAUGGCUAUGCAAGUCUUCACAAAGAACUUGAACCAUUUCUUUUGAGGAGAGUUAAGAAAGAUGUUGAAAAAUCUCUCCCUGCCAAGGUCGAACAAAUUUUAAGAAUGGAGAUGAGUGCAUUGCAAAAGCAAUAUUACAAGUGGAUUUUAACUAGGAAUUACAAAGCCCUAAGUAAAGGUUCAAAGGGCAGUACCUCAGGCUUUCUGAAUAUCAUGAUGGAGCUCAAAAAGUGUUGCAAUCAUUGCUACCUCAUUAAACCACCAGAUGAUAAUGAAUUCUAUAAUAAACAGGAGGCCUUACAGAAUUUAAUCCGAAGUAGUGGAAAGCUAAUUCUUUUAGACAAGCUGCUGGUUCGCUUACGAGAGCGUGGCAAUAGAGUACUUAUAUUCUCUCAGAUGGUACGGAUGCUGGACAUCCUAGCUGAAUAUUUGAAAUACCGUCAGUUUCCCUUUCAAAGACUAGAUGGGUCAAUCAAAGGAGAACUGCGGAAACAAGCACUGGAUCAUUUUAAUGCAGAAGGUUCUGAGGAUUUCUGCUUUUUACUAUCUACCAGAGCUGGAGGUCUGGGUAUAAACUUGGCAUCUGCUGAUACUGUAGUUAUAUUUGAUUCUGACUGGAACCCUCAGAAUGAUCUGCAAGCACAAGCUAGAGCUCAUAGGAUUGGACAAAAGAAGCAGGUUAAUAUUUAUCGGCUUGUCACGAAAGGCUCAGUAGAGGAAGAAAUCCUGGAAAGAGCCAAGAAGAAGAUGGUUUUAGAUCACCUGGUCAUUCAGAGAAUGGACACUACAGGAAAAACAGUACUGCACACAGGUUCUGCACCAUCCAGUUCUGCUCCUUUUAACAAAGAGGAGCUUUCAGCUAUUCUGAAGUUUGGUGCUGAGGAACUUUUUAAGGAACCAGAAGGUGAAGAACAGGAGCCACAGGAAAUGGACAUAGAUGAAAUCUUGAAGAGAGCUGAAACACGAGAAAAUGAAACUGGUCCAUUAAGCGUUGGAGAUGAGCUGCUUUCCCAGUUUAAGGUGGCCAAUUUUGCCACUAUGGAUGAAGAUGACAUUGAAUUGGAACCUGAUCAAAAUUCAAGAAACUGGGAAGAAAUAAUUCCAGAAGUCCAGAGGCGAAGAUUAGAAGAGGAGGAAAGGCAAAAAGAAUUGGAGGAAAUUUAUAUGCUACCAAGAAUGCGAAACUGUGCAAAACAAAUCAGCUUUAAUGGAAGUGAAGGGAGGCGUUGUAGAAACAGAAGAUAUUCUGGAUCAGAUAGUGACUCCAUCUCAGAAAGAAAACGGCCCAAAAAACGUGGAAGACCACGGACUAUUCCACGGGAAAACAUUAAAGGAUUUAGUGAUGCAGAGAUUCGGAGAUUUAUCAAGAGUUAUAAGAAAUUUGGAGGACCCCUUGAAAGGCUAGAUGCUAUAGCUAGAGAUGCUGAACUUGUGGAUAAAUCUGAGACAGACCUUAGACGACUUGGAGAGCUGGUACAUAAUGGAUGCAUCAAGGCUUUAAGAGACAACUCGUCUGGACAAGAAAGAGCAGGGGGCAGACUUGGAAAAGUUAAAGGCCCAACAUUCCGAAUAUCAGGAGUCCAGGUAAAUGCAAAACUAGUCAUCUCACAUGAAGAAGAGCUAGCACCAUUGCAUAAAUCGAUUCCGUCAGAUCCAGAAGAGAGAAAGAGAUACACCAUUCCUUGUCACACUAAGGCUGCACAUUUUGAUAUGGACUGGGGCAAGGAGGAUGACUCCAAUCUUCUAAUAGGCAUCUAUGAAUAUGGCUAUGGUAGUUGGGAAAUGAUAAAAAUGGACCCAGAUCUUAACUUGACACACAAAAUUCUACCAGAUGAUCCAGAUAAGAAACCCCAAGCCAAGCAGCUACAGACCCGUGCAGACUACCUCAUAAAAUUACUCAAUAAGGAUCUAGCAAGGAAGGAAGCGCAGAGACUUUCUGGAGCAGGAGGCUCAAAGAGAAGAAAGAUGAGGACUAAGAAGAGUAAGACCAUAAAAGCAGCAAAAAUUAAAGAGGAGAUAAAGAGUGAUACAUCACUACCCCCUUCAGAUAAAUCUGAUGAAGAGGAAGACGAUGAUAGCAAGGAUGAAAUGGCUUCAGUGAAACAUCCAAAUAAAAAAAUAAAAACAGAAAAAGAAAAUGAAGAAAACCCUGAUAUAGAUAUUACUAUGAAAAAGGAGACUGAUGAGAAAAGAGAAUCCAAGGAAAACAAGAAGGAUCUAAAACGGGAGAAAAAAGAAAAAGAGGACAAGAAGGAGUUGAGAGAAAAAGAUAUAAAAGAGAAGAGAGAAAGCAAGGCAAAAGAAUACAUGCAGCGAGAAAAAGAAGUAAAAGAAGAAAAGACAAAUGAGUCCAAAUCUGAGAGCAAAGACAAAACCAAGAAAACCCCUUCAGCAGACACACCUGUUCAUAUAACAGCAAGUAGUGAGCCAGUUCCUAUAUCUGAAGAAUCUGAAGAGCUGGAUCAGAAGACAUUCAGUAUAUGCAAAGAAAGAAUGAGGCCUGUCAAAGCAGCACUAAAACAGCUAGAUAGACCAGAGAAAGGUCUUUCAGAAAGGGAACAGCUGGAGCAUACUAGGCAGUGUCUUAUCAAAAUUGGAGAUCAUAUAACCGAGUGUCUAAAAGAAUACACAAAUCCUGACCAGAUCAAACAGUGGAGAAAAAACUUGUGGAUUUUUGUUUCCAAAUUUACAGAAUUUGAUGCCAGGAAGCUACACAAAUUGUACAAACAUGCAAUAAAAAAACGUCAAGAAACUCAGCAACACAAUGAGCAGAAUAUCAGCAGCAGUGUGAAUACACAUUUUAUCAGAAAUCCAGAUGUGGAGCGACUAAAAGAGAACACAAAUCAUGAUGAUAGUAGCAGAGAUAGUUAUUCCUCUGACAGACACUUAUCACAGUAUCAUGAUCAUCACAAGGAGAGACUUCAUGGAGACACCUACAAAAAAAGUGAUUCUAGAAAAAGGCCUUAUUCCACAUUCAGCAAUGGAAAAGAUCACAGGGAUUGGGAUCACUAUAAACAGGAUUACAGAUACUACGCUGAUGGCAAACAUAGAAAGCUGGAUGACCACAGGAAUAGAGAUCAUAGGUCAAAUGUGGAAGGCAAUUUAAAAGACACUCGGUCACACUCAGAGCAUCGAAUACACUUAGAUCAUCGAUCCAGUUCAGACUACAGCCAUCAUAAAUCUUCAAGGGAUUAUAGAUACCAUUCAGACUGGCAAAUGGAUCACAGAGCUUCCAGUAGUGGCCCUAGGUCACCCUUGGAUCAGAGAUCACCCUAUGACGCACGAUCUCCAUUAGGACACCGAUCUCCUUUUGAACAUUCAACAGAUCACAAAAGUACACCGGAACAUAUGUGGAGUGGCCGGAAAACAUAGCAAAGACUUAUUAUUUCCUGGACUGUUUUUUAGCCAUACACAAUAAACUAACACAGCAAUUGCCUUACAUGACUUGAAAGACAUGGACCGGAUGUGCUAUGAGUAGCAGUAUUGUUACUACUUUCCAAUAUGCUAGGUCUAUUAUCCCAACAGAAAAAGAAAUAUUUUUGUAUUUAAAGUUUUAAUGCUGCACUGUGUUGCAAAUGUUGUAGCACAUUUUUUUAAAGAAAAGAUGUUUACUUUUUACAGGGACCUCAACACUGCCCCACUCAGACUGGAUCUUAAUCUGAACUCCUUGUCAAAGUGGUUUUAUCCUGAACACAAUUUAAAUUAUGUUUGUAGAUGAGCAUUCACAUCCUGUGAUCAUAUUUCAGGAAAGAAUCAAGAAGGGGGUUUUUUUGUUUGUUUUUUUUAAGAGAGAGAGAAGUAUUCAAGGACUUUGUUCACUUUCCAAAGCUACUUGUUUACAUUGUACACUGCGACCAUCUUGCCGCUUUUUCAUCACAAGCUUGAAUAUUUAAAUUCUGUACCUAUAGUUGUAAAAUAGCCAGGCGUUCUCCAGUUUGAUCAGUUGUAAUGCCUUUUUACAAAAUGGCUGUAAAUUAUUGUAAAUUAAAUGAGUUUCCCUCCCC